UUUUAAUUUUUAUAUCUAUUAAAAACGAAUAGGCAAAUUUUACUCAAUACCUUAAGACGGAAAAAUUGAAUUAACACUGAGCCUGUUGUUGGCUAGAAGAUAUCUAUUGUGCAGUCAAAUUAGGACGCUUUUAGGAAGAGGGUUUUUUCAUAACUGUUCCGGGGCGACUUAAUGCCUUCGCGUGCACUGCCAGUCACUAUGACAACCCGUGUAAAAUCGUUCGGCAACUGUUCUACAGAUACCUGUGAGGAAAGUCACCAGAAAUCCCCCAAUGCUUCUAAAUGGAGAAUAUUUGCCUCGAAUACUACUCUUCAUGGACUGCGACAAGUCGUCAGAAACGAGUCGUCCUUUUUCAAAAGGUUUAUUUGGUUUUUGUUUCUGUGCACUGCCGCUGGGACAUAUUGUUACCUCUCGACCAUUAGUGUCACGAAAUAUUUCUCCCGACCUAUCAAAACUGUAAUUUCGCAAGAAGCUUCAAGUAACGGCUUGAAGUUCCCAGCUGUGACAAUCUGCAAUUUGAAUUUUUUUAUGAAAUCCAAGAUAGACACAGCCGAAGAGGAUGAGAACUUUGUAAAACUGGGCUUAAACAUCACCGGUUGCAGUGAUCGUGAAUUUCGAAGAGUGCGUGGAAAUCUCACUUGCGGUCAGGCGUUGCUGUGUGCCUUUGACUGGUUUGGGUAUGCCAUAGUGAGAGGUUGUAACAAAACUGUACGCCAGAAUAUCGUCGAAGCUUUAAACCGCUCCUCAGAACGCAUAUUUAGCCAAGAGGAGUUCCUCACCAGAUAUGGCCAUAACAUAACUGACAUGUUUUUACUUUAUUGUCGUUUUAUGAAGAAAACCGAAUGUUCAGUUGAGGACUUUGUUCCAAAGCUAACCGAAAGUGGCAUUUGUUAUACGUUCAAUUCUGGAGAGAAAAGCCCAGUUCUUAGAACAUUAUUUGAAGGUCCUGAUCUUGGUUUAAAUAUCCUCCUCGAUGUUCAAACAAAUGAGAGUACCAUGGCUGAUUUUUCACACGGAUUUAAAGUGAUUGUACACGAUCAAGAUACGUUUGUAAACCGUCACAUUGGAUUCAACAUUCCCCCAGGAUUCCAUGCUACGGUGGCUGUCAAACUGAGAAAGCAUAUCAGAUUACCAAAACCAUAUAAGACAAAAUGUCGGCAGGAAAAAUUGCCUGGGAUUGGUACCUACACAAAGGACGGCUGCAUCUCGCAAUGCUUGGCAAACAUGACAUUAACUAGAUGUGGGUGUCGCACCAUUGCCAUGUUACAAGGUCAGACCGAUGCACCUCUAUGUUCCAUGCGGGAAAUGAAUUGUCUUGUCAAAACCGAAAGUGAGAUAGGAGAAGACAACUUGUCAGCGUGCUCCUGCAGCAACGCAUGCACAGAACUGGAAUACGAGACACGUGUUUCCUAUUCCAAAUUUCCUGAUAACUCAAUAAUUGAUAUCUUGCAUAAUAUCUUUGGAAAAAAAGAGAGCUCCAGUUACAUGAGAGAAAACUACGUCUUCCUUCAAGUCGGUUUCCAGCACUUGGCCUAUGAAAAGCGGGAAGAUGUUCCUAGUUACAAAUUAGAGAGUCUCUUAGGUGAGUUUGGUGGCAACAUGGGCUUGUUCCUUGGGUGCAGCUUAUUGACUCUGUGCGAGUUCCUCGACUUUGUGUGGGCUGCUGUAACGUCCCGGAUGAGAAGACGUUCCGUAGAAAUAUCACCGAGUACUGGCACCAUCUCAUAAACGACGCCAACAUAUGAAUUCUACGUCGAAGAUUCCUUGAAAUACCGUGCAGCAAUAGUAGGAAGAAAAAAAAAACAACCGUACUUAUUUGUUUAGGAUAGAGCAGCGCUGGUUGACAGAGAGAAACGAAAUCAGGGAGCGAUUGACGUCACUGAAGACGUUGUCAAGGCUGAUAAAGAACACGUCAGGUUUUACGUCAGCUGAACGUUUGAGUAAAAAACUCCUUCACUUCAGUAUCGUCCUAAGUCCCAAGGGCUUUUUUCUUCACCGUACUGCUUUUCUUCGUUACAACACUGGAAAAUAGUUCCUGUGGUUUCUGUAUUAUCGGCGACAAGUAUCACCUUGUGAUGGCUGAUUUGAGUUUCCAUAAACUACUAUUGACUUCCGUGCAAUAAAGAGUUUCUGGAGCACUUUUUGAAUAUCGAAUAAACUUUGCCACUAAUCGAUAUCAAA